AUGUUCCAGAACCUUCUGGAAAAUUCGAAAAAAUUCUGGAUUGUUCUAGAACCUUCUGGAAAAUUUUUAAAAAUGUUGCUGCGAGAUCUUCGUGGCGAGACCCAUCGUGGCGAGACCCAUCAUGGCGAGACCCAUCGUGGCGAGGCCCAUCGUGGUGAGACCCAUCGUGGCGAGACCCACCGUGGUGAGACCCGUCGUGGUGAGACCCAUCGUGGUGAGACCCGUCGUGGUGAGACCCAAAAUUUUGGCGGGAAAUUUAAAUUUUCUGUGAAAAAUAUUUUGGCGGGAAAUUUAAAUUUUCUGUGA